AUGGACGGCCUGGGAGGAGAAGAGCUCUGCUACCCUCAGCUCCUGAACUCGUCCUGCAGGGGUUUAAUGCGUCCUCGCUCUUAGGCCGUCCUCCUAUACACGCUGCUCUCCUCCAUCUCUGUGCUCACUGCAGCUCUCAACCUGAUGGUCAUCAUCUCCAUCUCCCACUUCAGACAGCUCCACACCCCCACCAACCUGCUCCUGCUCUCCCUGGCCAUCUCAGACCUCCUUGUGGGGCUGCUGGUGAUGCCGGUGGAAACAGCGCGAUUCAUAGAAACCUGCUGGUUGCUGGGUGAUCUCAUGUGCGCUCUGUCAUACAUUUUCGGCUUCACUCUCACCUCAGCCUCUGUGGGAAACAUGGUGCUCAUAUCGAUCGAUCGUUUUGUAGCUAUUUGUUAUCCUCUGCAGUACUCAAACAAAAUCACUCGCAGCAGAAUUGAGGUGUCUGUGUGUCUGUGCUGGGUCUGCUCGUUUCUCUACAACGGGCUGAUCUUAAAGGACCAUCUCAGGGAGCCCAACAGAUAUAACUCUUGCUAUGGGGAGUGUGUGGUGGUGAUUAACUACGUCUCUGGAACUGUCGACCUUGUGAUCACAUUUAUCGGCCCCUGCUCAGUCAUCCUCGUUCUGUACAUGCAAGUGUUUAUUGUGGCAGUGUCCCAGGCUCGAGCCAUGCAGUCUCUGCAAGUCACUGGAGUCACUGCAAAGAAAUCGGAGAGAAAAGCAGCCAGGACUCUGGGUAUUGUGAUACUGGUGUUUUUAAUGAGUUUCUGUCCAUAUUACUAUCCCUCUCUCGUAGGACAGGACAUCUCAAACAGUGCUUCAUCUUGGGCCAUUGUGUCCUGGCUGUUGUAUUUUAAUUCUUGUUUGAACCCACUCAUAUAUGCUUUUUUCUAUCCGUGGUUUAGAAAAGCCAUCAAGUUAAUUGUCACCCUGAAGAUACUUGAGCAGGACUCCUCUCAGGCAAAUAUACUUUAA